AAUCUUGAUCAAGCAAGGCAUUGGUUGAACGACUGCCUUCGCAACCAUGACCACGGUUCGAGUAGAGCUGCUACCCAUCCGUCUAGGCUUUUGGCAGUAGGUACUGCAGAUGGGUCGGAGCAGAUCAGAAUUGUGGACAACUUGGAUUCUAAUGCAAGGUAUCUAGCAGUCAGCUAUCGUUGGGGCGGCAUGAACAGCUUGCUUGCUACUGCCAAGAUGUCUGAGCUAUUCCGCACGUCGAUCGCUUGGGAUAAACUCCCCAGAACGUUCCAAGACGCUAUACAGAUCGCACGUGAGUUACGCAUCGGCUAUGUUUGGAUUGACUCUCUGUGCAUCACCCAAGACGACCCAGACGACUGGGAGAUUGAGUCUGCUAAGAUGGCAGAUAUCUAUAAUGGCGCUUUAUUAACUAUCAUGGCCGCCUCUGCGUCAGACAGCCAGGGCGGGUUCUUUCGAGAUCGUGCCACAGUCAAGGAGAUAGUAGCUUUACCAUACACUGAUACAAGUUGGUCCACGAAGUUUAGUGUUUUUGCUGGAAGAAACCUCGCAGGCUAUGAGGAUAUCGUAGUCAGUGGUCCACUGUUUGGUCGUGGCUGGGUCUUUCAAGAGCGACUGAUGUCAAAGAGGAAGUUAAUAUUCGGCCAAGACGAGACCUAUUGGGAGUGCAACAGCUUAAUCCAAUCUGAGUCGAGUAUUCGACGUCGGGACAAGUUUGCAAAUAUGAACAGGCAGGACAAUGAUGCUUUCCGGACCUUUUCUGAUCUCUCCUACAAACCAGAUGAAACUUGGGGCAAAACAUCGCCGACAAACUUGUGGCACAAUGUAGUCGUGGAGUAUUCCCGAUGCUCCUUGAUCUACGAAACAGACAGGCUUCCUGCCCUCAGCGGACUUGCAAGGACUUUUGCACAACGAUUCGGCGGCACCUAUGUAGCAGGAUUUUGGCUAGACCAGAUACCUCAAUCAAUGUCAUGGUACAAACCCUCUCACAUGUCGAAAAAAAGCUGUAACCAAGUUUACUGCGCCCCAUCAUGGUCCUGGGCAUCA